CCCAAUUUUGCCUUAAAAUCAUUUAAAAAACACAUAGCGCGAGCGAUUUCAAGACUUUUGCGGACUCCACUCAGUGUUCGAUUUCCUCAGUCUCCGCCGACCAACCUCAGCAAGGGAAAAAAUGCCUCGAGAAAUCAUCACUCUACAAGUAGGGCAAUGCGGGAACCAGAUCGGCAUGGAGUUCUGGAAGCAGCUAUGCUUAGAGCACGGCAUCAGUAAAGAAGGCAUCUUAGAGGACUUCGCUACUCAGGGAGGUGACAGGAAAGACGUAUUUUUCUACCAAGCUGAUGAUCAGCAUUACAUACCACGAGCUUUGCUUAUAGAUUUGGAGCCAAGAGUCAUCAAUGGCAUCCAAAACGGUGAAUACCGUAAUCUCUAUAAUCACGAGAACAUCUUUGUUUCUGAUCAUGGUGGUGGUGCUGGAAAUAAUUGGGCCAGUGGAUAUCAUCAGGGUAAGGGCGUUGAAGAGGAUAUAAUGGAUAUGAUUGAUAGAGAAGCUGAUGGUAGUGAUAGUCUUGAGGGUUUCGUUUUGUGUCAUUCAAUUGCUGGAGGAACUGGCUCAGGUAUGGGUUCUUAUUUGUUGGAAGCCCUGAAUGACCGCUACAGUAAAAAACUGGUACAGACGUACAGUGUGUUCCCUAACCAGAUGGAGACAAGUGAUGUGGUAGUCCAACCCUACAACUCACUUUUGACACUCAAGCGGCUGACACUAAAUGCCGAUUGUGUUGUUGUUCUUGAUAAUACUGCCCUGAAUAGAAUUGCUGUUGAGCGUUUGCAUCUUUCAAAUCCCACAUUUGCUCAAACAAAUUCUUUGGUAUCUACUGUUAUGUCUGCAAGUACAACCACAUUGCGUUAUCCAGGAUACAUGAACAACGAUUUGGUUGGCCUUCUUGCCUCUCUAAUUCCAACACCAAGAUGCCACUUUCUUAUGACAGGAUAUACACCACUCACUGUAGAGCGCCAAGCUAAUGUCAUUCGUAAAACCACUGUACUGGAUGUGAUGAGGAGACUUCUUCAGACUAAAAAUAUAAUGGUUUCCUCUUAUGCUCGUAAUAAAGAAGCUAGUCAAGCAAAGUACAUUUCAAUAUUAAAUAUCAUCCAAGGGGAAGUGGAUCCUACUCAGGUUCAUGAAAGUUUGCAGAGGAUUCGUGAAAGAAAGCUUGUUAACUUCAUCGAGUGGGGCCCUGCAAGUAUUCAGGUUGCUUUAUCGAGAAAAUCUCCAUAUGUCCAAACUGCCCAUAGGGUAAGCGGCCUCAUGCUUGCAAGCCAUACCAGCAUCCGGCAUCUCUUCAGUAAAUGCUUGAGCCAGUAUGAGAAAUUAAGAAAGAAGCAAGCUUUUCUUGACAACUAUCGGAAAUUCCCAAUGUUUGCUGACAAUGAUCUUUCAGAAUUUGAUGAAUCGAGAGAUAUUAUUGAGAGUUUAGUUGACGAAUACAAGGCCUGUGAGUCCCCAGAUUACAUCAAAUGGGGAAUGGAGGAUCCAGAUCACAUUCUAACAGGAGAAGGAAAUGCUACAGGAACAGUGGAUCCAAAAUAGCAGUUUGAAUUAAUUUUGGUAAGUUGUUUUCGCAACAAAUGCCCUUUUGAGUUCAUUUUGGAUUGGUUUGUAUUCAUUUUGUGAAAUGAAAUCAAUUGUAUCAUAUAUCCCUGAGAUGGGGGACAUCCGGACAUGGAAGAUUACGUGGAUUGAGAUGGCUGCAGAAGACCCCCCUUCCCUCUUAGUAUCGUUCAUAUCUCAUAAUUAGGGUGAGUUAAUUUUUCUUGAUGUGUUUCUAUAAUGUAUUUAGCUAGAUCGAGAACGUUAACUGACUCUUGAGACUUGAGAGUCUGCAUUCAUGUUGUAUGGUUUCUUUUUGGGUAUUUGUGUAUUCUGACUAUUUCCGAAUCCACAACACACUGGGACCUGCAUUUUCUUAGUACA